GCCGUGCAAGUGAGCUUGCUAGCAACAGAAUUCUUAAUCAGGAGAAGAAAAGGAGAGCAUCCAGCCAUGGCAGAGAAGAGGAGCCCCCUGCACCUGCCUCACCACAAGGAGGAGGACAAGGAGGGGGAGGAGAAGCAGCACGGCCAUGACCACGGUCACGGUCACGGUCACGACCACAACCAUGGCCACGGCCACGACCACAACCACAACCACAGGGAGCACGCCGGCGGGAGGGGGCUGGACAUCGACAUGGACCUACCGGCGUACGUCAACAUGGGCUCCAUCACCACCGCGGGCGUUCUCGACUGGAGGUACCAGAAGGCGACAGGGGAGAAGAGGCCGGACAAGGUGAUCGGAUUGAUCAGCGCCGAGCAGGCCAAGGAGGCCGAGCGCAGGGAGGCCGAGGAGCGCAAGGCGGAGGAGGAGGAGGGCGGGGCCGCCUGGGCCAAGAACAAGAACGUCUACCAGUUCUGAUCGCCGCCGCAAGCCCAGCCGUGCAUCGUGGUAGAUGGUCUGAAUGGAAAAAGUUCGCGAGAGAUGAUCCCUUUUUUCUAGCACGCGUACUAUAUGGUGUACAUGUAUCCACCGCUCACCGUCACUUGGAGAUCCGUGCUACGUUUUCUUGUUUUGUCGAAAGCUUGUCUUGGCUCAGAGUGCUGCGCGAUGUUUCAUCGAUGUUUUUUAAAAUGUAUCGUGAUGCUUCGUUGUACUUUUCGAGAGUGUAUUUCAGUAAAAUAAGAGAGUACUCAUCAGAUUUGUAUGAAAUUUCA